UAAACUCCUCCAAUUCAGAAUCACAAAAUUGUAGGGGUUGGAAGGGACCUCAAGAGAUCAUCGGGUCCAACCCUCCUGCCAAAACAGGCACCCUAGAGCAGGUUGCCCAGGUAGGCGUCCAGACGGGCCUUGAAUAUCACCAAAGAAGGAGACUCAACAACCUCCCUGCCAGCCUGUUCCAGUGCUCCAUCACCCUCACUGUGAAGAAGUUCUUUUGCAUGUUGAGACUUGAACCCUUACAUUUUCAGGGCAGGGGAAACUUGACAUUGAGAGAAACACCAUGAGACUUCUUUGUACUUCACUUUCUUUUGCUGUGAUUUGCUGGCUAACUGAAGGUACCUUGUCAAAAACAGAUGCAAAGAAAGGUGCUACAAAAAAAAUGGAAGAAAAGGUGCUGCACUCUGAUAAAACAGUGCAGGAGCGGGGUCUGGUAGUUGUGGAUCCAAAGGCAAAGGAUAUCAUACUGGAACACAGAAGUUAUUGUUCCAAGACAAUGAAGGAAAGACACUUCUCAGGAGAUGUUCUGGGAUAUGUUACUCCUUGGAACAGCCAUGGCUAUGACAUUUCCAAAAUAUUUGGAAACAAGUUUACGCUAAUCUCACCAGUCUGGUUACAAGUGAGAAGAAAAGGGAAGGAGAGGUUCCAGUUCACUGGGCUCCACGAUGCUGAUAAAGGCUGGAUGAAAGAUGUCAGAAAAAACUCCAAAAACAUCAAAAUAGUGCCUAGAAUUUUGUUUGAUGGCUGGACUUACCAAGACUUUGAGAGUGUUUUUGGCAGUGAGGAUGAGAUAGAGGAACUUUCCAAGAACAUGGUUCUGCUAGCCAAGAAUGAAAACUUUGAUGGUUUUGUAGUUGAAGUUUGGAGUCAGCUGGGAAAUCAAAAGCAGAAGGAGCUGAUUCACUUGCUUGUUCACCUUUCUGAAGCUCUCCAUGAAGCACAACUAAAACUCAUACUGGUCAUCCCUCCUGCAGUUGCAGCAGGGACUAACCAGCCAGGAAUGUUCACGAAGAAAGAAUUUGAUCAGUUGGCCUCAGCAGUAGACAGCUUCAGUCUCAUGACAUACGACUAUUCAACACCACAACGACCUGGUCCAAAUUCCCCGCUUCCCUGGGUACGAGCCUGUGUUCAAGUACUGGAUCCUGAUUCAAAAUGGAGAAAUAAGAUACUUCUAGGGCUGAAUUUCUAUGGCAUGGACUACUCUGCUUUGGGAGCCUUGGGGGAGCCAAUACUUGGUAGAAGGUACAUUGAAACCUUGAAGGAGCACAAACCGAAAAUUGUCUGGGAUGAACAAAUUGCUGAACAUUACUUCAAAUACAAAAAAAAUAAAGGAGGAAAACAUGCCAUCUUUUAUCCAACACUGAAGUCCAUCCAGUUGCGCUUAGAGCUUGCAAAAGAAUUGGGCACUGGAAUAUCCAUCUGGGAACUGGGACAAGGCCUGGAUUAUUUUUAUGACCUUCUUUGAAGUAAGAGAUGAUCCGGGAGAGACUUUAUUUGCUUCGCUGAGACUCCACCUUCAGUUAAUUUGGGUAUACCAGAGAGGUGAUUUUUAAAGUAUGUUUUGUAAUUUAUAUAAUACCUGUAUUAAAAAUUAUUGCAUUUUUUUUUUCCAAUAAAGAAGCUUUUCUGAUUUGCCACAUA